AGUCUGCAAACAUCCCUUUAAAAUAGUUGUAAGUUCAAAAGAAAACAGGUAUACAGUUUGACAAUGUGAUAUGAUCCGUAUCCAGUCAUUCAUACUAAAAAUUAGAAUGAUUGGAAUAGCAUUCUAGCAUAUAAAUAUAUAUGGUGUACACAUAAUAUUUAAACACUGUCAAGUGAAAAUUGACAUUCGAUUUUGGAAAUCGAUUUAAACAAGUUUGAACAAAGAGCUAGCGUUUAAAGCUGACCACUGGACGACUUAUAGUUUCUUGAGAAGGUGGUGUAAUGAGAACAUUUAUAUAUUUUUGAAAACUGAAAUGACGAACUUCUGAUAUGGUUCGGAAGAAAAGAUCGAUCUUCUUUAUUUUUUUAUUUGCCUUCACCAUAUUUAUAAUGGGAAUGAUGAGGACAUCCCCGGAAUUUCAUUUAUACAAUCGCCAACUGCUCAAGAGAAGGCUAGAAAUUGGCAAUGUUCAAAAUAUUUUUGAAAUUUCGCCUGUAGACAACCAAUCAUCCGUGAGAUAUAAUGUUAAAGAUAUAAGAAAUAUAGUUCCUGAAAUCAGACCUAGAACAGUGAAAACUCCAGAGAUGAAAUUAUUCAAAAAGGUAAACCACGACGUCAUUUUUGGUAUACAAAAAAAAAACUGGACUGAAUGGGGCGACAUACAUUGUUCGGGAAAUUUUUACAAUUUCAAAGGGUCUAUGAUGUUGAUGAAAAAUGUCAUAAUUGAUCCUUUAAGGAAAAAGAGUGUUGCGAAAGGUGGCGAAGAUAUCAAAUCAGUCAUUGGCCAUACGGAGAAGGAUGAGGAAGUUACCAUGCAAAGUGGAUUUUUCAACAUUCCUUGUGAAGAGCUUCCGAAAAUGACGUUUCGUAAACGAUCUCAUUUUUACAACUGGUUUUCAGGAAUUUCAACACGAAAAGGUAAUAAUGAUGGAAACUCGUAUGAUUCUACGUUCACUGUGUUAAUACGACGAGGAGACUAUGCAAAUUUAUACUGGACAUUGAUGGAACUUUUCAAUACGUAUUUAACAAUUCGUUUAUUUGGUGAAAAUCCUAAAACCACAGAUGUUAUAAUAAUGGAUGCACAUCCUGCUGGAAAAUUAGACAAUUUAUGGAGUAUACUAUUUGGCAACGUAUAUAGGAUAGGACAUAUGCAGAAAAAAAGUUUUCAUAAAAAGCUAGCAUGGGUCCUUCCCGAUGGCCCAAUGUCACAGUAUGUACAAAAUAUUCCAUUUGUCGAAGAAUUCAAAUUUGCCUUGUAUCAAGGGGUUCAAAAUUCUUCAUCUUUAUAUCACAAUUGUACUGAUUCUCAAAAAGUCACUUUUAUUUUACGAAAAGACUAUGUAGCUCAUCCUAGAAAUCCAAGGGGAAAAGUGCAACGGAAAUUAUCAAAUGAAAAAGAGAUUAUGGAUUAUUUAAUUAAAAAAUUUCCAAAUGCUCUCAUACAUGCAAUACAAAUAGACCUAUUACCAAUUGAAGAACAAAUAAAAUUGAUAUAUGAAACUACUAUCUUGGUCGGAAUUCACGGUGCCGGUUUAGGACAUACUUUAUUGUUGCGUUCUGGAUCUACCAUGAUCGAACUUUUUCCAUCUUCAUACAAACGCUCUCCUAACCCACAUUUUCAGCAGUUUGCAUAUUGGGCAGACGUGCAUUAUGACCGUUGGUACAGCUCCUCUCCAGCACAAAAGAGCAAUGAAUGGGUAUAUGUAGAACCAGAGGUACCAUAUAAAAUUAUAAAUCACGCUAUUGAUAGAUUUUGUAAACAUUAAUAUUAAAUGAAUGCUUUGUCAUAUAAAGGAUAAAGUAUGGCUACACUUGAAAUGUAACAAAGUCUGCAAAUUUUAACAUGAAAAGACCUGUUAGUCGUAUUUGGCUGUUAUAUUUUUUCAAUGUAUUGAAGUCACGAAUAAUCAAUUCCAUUAAAUUAGUUAAAAGAAGUACAUGUAUAUAUAACAACGAUAUUCAUCCUAUGCAAUCCAGCAAAUACAAAGACCCUUUUUUUGUGCUUCAUUUACAACUGGUAGGUAAUGGCUAAUUCGUGUAUGUGAUAAGAGAAUACAAUUAGUAAAUUUUAGUGACGGAAAGAUAUGGGUCCGCCAUAAAAUUUCGAAUUACAAAUAUUAUAGCAGCAAUAACAAAGCAAGCUAGUUAAGAGUAUUUUGUGUAGUAUUUUUUUGGCUAAUAAAACGUAUUAAUUGAUUUCAACACACAAAAACCUAUCAAAAGCCUAUAAUUUAUACGCCAGACGCGCGUUUCGACUACAUACCGCAAGACUCCUCGUGAUGUGUUUCUGGAAUACGGGCAUUAUACGCUGUACUAAGUACGCUUGACACCAAGUGUUUUGAAAUAAACAUUUUAAAACUUUUAAUAACUAAAAUUAUCGUUAAAUCAUUGUAUGCUCAGAAUGACAUUAUGUUCUGCUCAUACAUUUUCUGGAAAAUAACUCAAAUUUUGCCAAAGUCUGUGAAAAUUGCAGUUUUGAGUCAUCUUUAGGCCUAUAUAAUUCGGUCACAUGUUCGAAAAUACGCCAAAAUAUUGUUAAUAUACCUUUAAGUACACAUUAAUCUCGGAAACUGUGAAUUUCAGUAAAAAUUGAAGGACUUUUAGAAAAUGACAAUCGUGUGAAAUAAAUUCAUGGGAAAUCGGCCUCAACUCUGUUGAAUAAAAUCUUCGCAAAUUAAAAUCAAAUUUUCUAUCGAAAGCGACAAAUUUUGAGAAUUAUGCUAAGUUAUGUCAUAAUUGACGUAGUAUGACAACAUUUUGCCAGCCUGACAGUUAUUUAUUGGUAAAAUCUGAUAACUUCAUCAUCUUGAAGAAUGACCAGAAUAUAUGAUUGGAUAGAUUAAAGAUUAUUAUUUUUGUCGCUGGUAUAUUAAAUGAUGUAUAAUUAUUUAAUAUCUUGAAUUCAAAAAUCUAUUAAUUUUGAAUUAUCGACAAUAUUUAGUUAUCUAAAUAAUAUGGUCGAAACUUCUCACCACAAUAAUUUUCUGUGUCCAAUUGAUGACUAAGUUAUUUUUGUCGUUUGGUAGCUGUCAUAUUGACUUAUUUGACCCACAUCUUCUUUUUUUAUAUAUAUAUAUAUAUAUAUAAUGAUUUUAUUUUUUUAUCAAAUUACUGAAAAGCUAGUUGAAGUCACUCAAACUUACUAUCAAUAUAUCUUUUUCCUUAAAUCAUGGAACACAUGUUGGUUGUGUUUUUUCUCUACGCUUUUGUGUAUUAAAACUUUUUUAAAAAUUUAAUGUUUAGGUGCCAUUGACUGUCAGCUCAAUUGUGUCAUGUUCAAUGUUCCAUUAUACAAAAAAAAUGUGUGUAUUAAGAAACUUGGUAUUUGUGAAAACUAAUGCAGACGUGAUUUAGUUAUAUAAACACAUUAUUUUGUUAUUUGUUUACCUUUACGGAAGCGUAUUAGCGCCACACAACUUUUUUUUUUUAAUACUCUUCCUAUGUUUGCGUUAUAACGCAAACCUUUGCGAAAUAACGCAAACUUUUGCGUUAUAUAACGCAAACCUUUGCGAUUUAACGCAAACCUUUGCGAAAUAACGCAAACCUUAGCGUUAUAACGCAAACAUUUGCGAUAUAACGCACACCUUUGCGAAAUAACGCAAACAUUUGCGAUAUAACGCACACCUUUGCGUUAUAAAGUAAACCUUUGCGAAAUAACGCAAACUUUUGCAAUAUAACGCAAACAUUUGCGAUAUAACGCAAACCUUUUGCGUUAUAACGCAAACAUCUUGAUUUCAAUUAUUCAUUAAGUUUUGUAUAUAUGUCCGUCUGUCAUUAAUUUCGGUUGUGAUUUUAGAUAAGAAAAGAACCAUAAACACAAGGCCAAAUCAUUAUAAUAAAUAUGCAUAGGAAUAAGGGAAUACAUUGAAGUGCCAUAUACAUAAAUUAAGAAUGAUUUGUGCAUCAGAAAAGUAUAUAAUUUAACAAGAAAAUAGAUAUGGUAUAGGCAUAUUUUAAUUGGAAGAGCAAAAAUAAUGUCAUACAAUUGUGAAACUUGCAAGUCAAAUAGACAAAAUGAUCUUUCUGCUUUUAAAUGAGUUAUUAAUAAAGAACCAUUUUUUUUUAAAUUUUGAUGCAAGAAAUCGUUUUUUUAAAUCUCAGAAUAUGAUAAAGAUUCUUUGAUAGAAAGUCAUAGAAUUUUCAUUUCGAUCUAGUAAAGUUAUAACGCAAAGGUUUGCGUUAUUUCUCAAAGGUUUGCGUUAUAACGCAAACAUUGGAAGAAAUAUUAAAAAAUAUUAUUACAUUGGUUGCAAUGAAUUACAUUGAUUUCCCAGUGAAAUAAAAACCGAUAAUUUCACAUGUGAAAUAAACGUGGUUAUUUCACUCCUCUGAUGUCAUACAACAAUAGGCGUUGUCAAGACGUCGAUAACGUCGGAUCAAAACACAGUUGUGAAUGCGUAGAAAAAGAUAUAGUUCCUUACGUUUUCUACUUUAAUUUCAUAAAAAAAGCCAUUUGCCAAUGUAAUAAAAAGAAUAACUAAUCAAAGAAUUCAAAUAUCGAAAAAUAUUCAACUCGUGACAGAAAAACACUGAUAAUUAACUCAUGCGCUACGCGCAUUCGUGAAUUAAUGUGGUGUUCGGUCACUCGUUGAAUAUUUUUCUCUAUUUGAAUUCUUCGAUUAGUUAUUCUAUAAAAGUUGUGUGGCGCUAAUACGCUUUCGUAUACCUUAACUAUGUUUGUUUUGUUCUUUUAUAGUAUCCGAUGUUUAUUGUAUCCGAUCUGACUUGUGUGUGAUCUGAUUUUAAAAUGUGUACUUGUUCGUUUAAUCUCAUUUACAUGUAUGUGUCUGAGUGAGUGGAAUGUCUUGUCUUGGAAAUAUCACGAAUAAGUAAAGAUAUAAAAAAAAGUAUGUACUGCACAAAAGGUGAGGGAACUUUCAAUUGAACACACCCCUAAUGUACCGCUGUGGGCCAAGUUCACCUAUGCAUUUUUAAUACUCAUUUGUUUUUUAUUAUUAUUACUUGAAAAUGGUGCUUCAAUGAAAGCAAAAAUAUCUAUGAUAUUCGAAGUUUACACAAGUCUUUUUUUAUAUUGUUUUCUCUCAUUUUCUUGUUACGUGUUAUUGGUACACAUAUUGAUGAAAGGGGACGACCAUUUGAUAUUCGUCUGGGGAGGGGCAGCCCAUGAUGAUUUUAUUUUCUGACGGAAUAAUCAAUUUAACCUUUUAUGAGUCUCGCUUAUAUUUUUCAGUUCUUUACAGGCCAGAAUAAUCAUCCCCCACCCAGAAUAUUAAAUGGUCGUCACCUUUAAAAAUUACUGCAUUCAAAAAGUUAUUUAUUCUUAUUUUCAUUGUUUUUCUUAUUAAGUUCACUUGUAUGCCCUUAUUACUACAUUUUGUGGGUAUCUUUAUUCUUAAUAAAACAUCUUUUUACAUAAUAUCAUUUAAUUGUCAAAAUUAGUCUUCACAGUUUGAUGAAAAAUAUAAAUUAACCAAUGUAAAUCCUAUGUCUACAUAAAUUGUUUACUUGGGGCUGUUAGAACGCUUCCGAUUUCAAUGGAAUAUUAUACAAUUAUUUCCCAUGCCUGAGGGAGAUAUGAAUUGUUCACCCAAGAUUAUUCAUAUUUCACGAGGGCUCUGCCCGAGGGAAAUAUGAGUUUUCGAGGGUUAACAAAUCUUCAUAUCUCCCGAGGCAAAGGGAAAUGAAUGUUUUAUUCCACUGCCUAUGCUUUGUUUACUAUCAAUACAUUAAUUAUUAUUUGCAUACAUUUUUUUUUCUUAUCCGCUUGUUUUUAUAACGGUUAAACUAAACAUGACAUACACAUUGAUAAACAGUACGGAUCAAAAGUUCAUUAUUAGUCUUUUUGUUUUAUCGUCUGAAAUAAAUUUGAAUAUGAUAA